AUGUACCACCUCAACCUCUCGAUACUGCUCUCAGCAGCAGCAGCUCUCGCCACGCCCAUACACGAACGCCAACCCUCUCCCUCAGUCACGAUCCAAAACGGCACCGUCGUCGGUUCCUCCUCCCUCGGCAUCGACAGUUUCAAAGGCAUCCCCUUCGCACAACCCCCAGUCGGCAACCUACGCCUUCGACCCCCUCAACCGCUCACCCAAGGCUUCGGAACGAUCCAAGCAACCGCACAGCCCAAGGCAUGUCCGCAGCAGUCCAACCAAGUUGAUACGAGUGAUCUUCCCAGCGAUGUCAUUGGCGAGUUGAUGAACUCGCCUCUAUACCAGGCCGUGACCAACGCCGGGGAGGAUUGUUUGACGGUGAAUGUGCAGCGGCCGUCGGGGACGAAUGCCACGUCGAAGUUGCCGGUGUUGUUUUGGAUUUUUGGCGGUGGGUUUGAAGGGGGCUCAACAUCCCAAUACGACGGCUCGAGCAUCGUUCGAAGAUCCAUCGCCCUCGACGAACCCAUUGUCUACGUCAGCGUCAACUAUCGCUCAUCAGGCUUUGGAUUCCUCGCCGGCCAGGAGCUCGCCGACGAGCAUUCGACGAAUCUCGGAUUGAGAGAUCAACGUCUGGGGCUCCAGUGGGCAGCAGAGAAUGUCGAAGCCUUUGGUGGUGAUCCUGAGAAAGUCACUAUUUGGGGCGAGAGUUCGGGGUCGAUCUCUGUGUUUGAUCAGACGGUCGUAAACGGCGGAGACAAUACCAACAACGGCAAACCCCUUUUCCGUGGUGCGAUCAUGGACUCCGGCUCUGUAAUCCCCGCCGAAGACGUAACGACCUCCAAACCCCAAGCCAUCUUCGACACCGUUGCUGCAUCAGCUGGUUGCGGUUCUUCGACGGAUAAACUGUCCUGUCUCCGUGCCGUCGACUACACGACCUUCCUCAAUGCCGUCUCCUCGGUGCCACCGCUCACAUCCUACUCAAGUCUCGACCUCUCAUACCUCCCACGUCCAGACUCCGGUGACGAUUUCUUCGCCGAGUCCCCAGAAAUCUCCCUUCGUGCUGGAAGAUUCGCAAAACUCCCCCUCAUAAUCGGCGACCAAGAAGACGAAGGCACCCUCUUCGCCCUCAACCAGGGCAACAUCACCACCAACGAGGAUCUAGUCGCCUACCUAGCCUCCUACUUCCCCAACAGCCCUAACGCUCUCGAGGACGUCGCAGCCCUCGCAUCAAACUACCCCGACCAACCCCUCCUCGGCCAACCCGGCGGCUCCCCCUUCAACACCGGCGGGCUCAACAACCUCUACCCACAAUUCAAACGCCUCGCCGCAAUCCUGGGAGACAUAACAUUCACCCUAACCCGCCGCCUCUACCUGCACAACCUCCACCUCCUCCCCCACCUCCCUCAAAACCCCCCCUUCCCCACCUACUCCUACAUCUCCACCUACCUCCACCCCCUCCCCCUCCUAGGAACCUUCCACGGCAGCGACAUAAUCUACGCCUACGGCCUUCUCGGAGACCAAGACCCGAUCACGCGGGUGGUGCAGACGUAUUAUGUGAGGUUUGUGAAUGCGUUGGAUCCUAAUGCGAAUGGGACGGUGGCGUGGCCGCAGUGGAGUGAUGAAGGGGGGCGGAUUCCGCAGGUGUUGAGGUUUUUGGGGGAUGGGGAGGUACAGGUUGGUGGGGAUGGGUUUCGGGAGGGGGCGUAUGGGUAUUUGGUGGCGAAUUGGAGUUUGUUUCGGGUUUGA